AUGCAAGCGAGAUGGGGGUGGUAAACGACAUCAACCAGCUCCUCAACCUCCUCACCCACCACAUCCACACCACCCCCACCACCCCACCACAUCAAUCACAAUGGCCCAGCCCGGAGACAAGUUCACCAAGCAGACCACCGCCCAGGAGGUCGUCGACACCUUUGGCGACAACAUCAAGGGCAAAUACGUUGUCGUCACUGGCCCCUCGCCCGGCGGUAUCGGCUACGAGACUGCCCGCGCCAUCGCGACCAAGGAGCCCAAGCUCCUCGUGCUCGCUGCGCGCUCGCAGUCCAAGCUCGACCAGGCCAAGGCCGACAUCCUCAAGGAGACGCCCAAGGCCAACGUCGAGACCGUCAUCCUCGACCUCAACUCGCUCGCGUCGGUCCGCGAGGCCGCCAAGGAGAUCUCGGCCAAGGGCCAGCUCGACGUCCUCAUCAACAACGCCGCCGUCAUGAUGACCCCCUACGGCAAGACUGCCGACGGCUUCGAGACUCAGUUCGGCACCAACUACAUCGCCCCCUGGCUCCUCACCAACCUCCUCCUCCCCAACCUCCUCAAGUCGGCCCACCCCCGCGUCGUCUUCGUCUCGUCCAUGGGCCACCAGUUCGGCGACAUCCGCUGGGACGACAUCGACUACUCCAAGGGCGGCGACUACGACAAGACCAACGCCUACGGCCAGUCCAAGACCGCCACGAUCCUCAACGCCAAGUACCUGGCCGAGAAGUUUGGCUCCAAGGGCCUGACCGCCGUCGCGCUCCACCCCGGAGCCAUCCCCACCAACCUCGGCCGCCACCUCGAGGACGGCGACAUCAAGGCCCUGGCUGCCUUCUUCAACGAGGAUGGUACCCCCAACAUGUCGCUCGGCUUCUGGAAGAACAUCCCCGAGGGUGCCGCCACCUCGGUCACCGCCGCCUUCGACCCCCGCUGGGAGAAGCAGAACGGCGCCUACCUCGUCAACUCGCAGGUCGCUCCCCUCCAGAAGGCCGGUGAGGAGAUCCCCUACGGCACUGAGAACAUCCUCGCCCUCUGGGCCAACGACGACAAGUCGGCUGAGCGUCUCUGGAAGCUCACCAACGAGCUCACCAAGGAGAACUUCUAA